GGAAGGGCCAGCUUUGUUGUUUGGACCUUAAGUUUGUGCAUCUGUGCAUCUCUUUGGGGGCCUGCCAUGUAUUUUUAAUAGAGGAUUACACAUUGCACUACCUCCACUGGUGCUUUCGCUCAAAAACCUCUUCAUGCUACUAAACGUGAUGGGUUUCCUUGGGAUGAAGGACAGGCAGAGCAGGUGUGAAUCACUUCCUCCCUUAUGUAAAUCUUAGAGGGCUUCUUGGAGGGAGUAGAUCUAGAACAGAUUAUUUUAUUAAAAACAAGCAAGCAAACAAACAAACAGAAACUACCAACCAGACAGGCAGUGCAGAUUUUAGAGCGGUGGACAGCCAUGGGCAGUGUGGGCAAACAGGUGCUCCUGCGGAGUGUGUGACCAGGCUUUGCGGGUUGAAGCACCCCUGCCCCUCUCACCUCACCCCUGCUCCUCCCCUCAGCCCAGAAAUGUUACAGCUUCGAACAUAUCUACUCUGGCCCUUUUGACCUCAGUGGCAUGGAGCUCCACCACGUUUCCUGUCCCCGCGGAUGCUCGGAGGCGGUCUUGUCCCUGGACACCGGGUACCGCGCCUCAGUGACCAUGGUGCAGAAGGGCUGCUGGACAGGUCCAGUGACCGGCGUGAUGCAGAGCAACGACUUGGCGCUGCCGCCUGACUACUCAGGGGUGCUUGGCUGUGGGACCGACUUGUGCAACAACAGACUUUUGUCCCAUGAUGACAUCCCCAACCUGAGUCCAGCCCCCAAUCCCCCAACGCUCAGUGGCACCGAGUGCUACGCCUGUGUGGGGACCCACCCCGAAGACUGUGCCCUGGAAAAGUCCAGAAAAGUCCAGUGUCACCAGGAUCAGAGUGCCUGCUUCCAGGGCAACGGCCGAAUGAACAUUGGCAAUUUCUCAGUGCCCGUGUACAUCAGGACCUGCCACAGGCCCUCCUGCACCGUUAGAGGCACCAGCAGCCCCUGGACAAACAUCGAUCUCCAGGGCGCCUGCUGUGAGGGUCAGCUGUGCAACCGCGACGCCGUCAGCGAGGCCUUCGAGCCCAAGCCCGCGGCGGGCAGUGCCCCUCGGCGGGCACCCCACGCCCCCGCGCUGGUCCUGGCGGUCUUGCUGGCCUGCGCGCCCGGACGCGCCCGCGCCCUCUUCUAGACCCUCGGGACCCGGAGGCGGGGCGCGGGGCGCAAGCACCCUCCUCCCCGCUCCGGCCCGGGCCCUGCGGCUCCCCGGGGCCGGACGCCAGGCCCGGUGCCCGCUCCCCUGCCCUCCAGCUGCCCCGCCCGGACCUGUCCUGCAGGAGACACCGCAGGCCUCUCGCAUGCCAGGGCGGGGCGCGCAGCCGCAGCCUGACCGGCGGGACGAGUCGCCCACACUAGCUCCUCCGUCGGCGCACGCCAGGCCUGGGACCCCGCCCACCCUGGCAGCGGGGUUUGCUGACCCCCAGCCCCAGCCCUCGGCCCCGGCAGCGCUGACCGGGACUUUGUGCGCAUCUGACGAUGGCCACCAGGGGGCAGUGUUGGGCCCCGCUGCGAGGCUCCCUUGCCCAGCCGCGCUGCCUUCCUCUCUCUCCGCACCUGUUUCCUCACAGGUGCAGGGUGGAGGGAAAAAGCAAAACACCCGCCGGAACCACAGUGGUUGUGGCCCGGGUUGAAUGAGAUAAACAUCGAGAACCUGAGUCAGCCGCAGGAGGGGCCAGGAGAGUGCAGGAGUCUGCAGAUCUCGUGGCGGGAGAGCCCAGAAAGGUCUGAGCAAAACCCUCCACGCAAACAAGGGCACGAGUGGGUGUCGGUUGAUUUGGCAGGAAUCCCCUUGAACCCAGCAACAUUCUCCACUCUGACCAGGGAUGAUCUGGGAAGACUUCCUGGAGGAAGUCACCCUUCAGCAAAGAGGAGUUGGCAGAAGGAAAAACAUGCUGGGUGAACAGGCUCAGAGUCAAGAGUCUCGGAGAACUCAUGCAUUUUGCCUGGUUUGGGGGUGCAGAAGCGACCUGUCCUCGUUAGAAAGUCAUCCUGGGUCCCCCCACCCCAGCCAGCUAGCCCUAGGCAGCCCCAAAGGUCCCCCAUAAUCAAUCAUGCCGGUGAGCAAACUGCUCCUCACUCUUCUAGAACCUUCUCUAGAGAGGGGCUGGAGAAAGUACAGUGAGUAGGGUACUCACCUUUUAUGCAGCUGACCCGGGUUUGAUCCCCGGCAUCUCUGACCUCUGCCAGCAGUGGUUCCUGAGUGCAAAGCCAGGAGUAAGCCCUUCAUAUCACCAGGUGUGCCCCCACCCCCCAAAAAAGAACCUCAUUUGGAGAGGCAGAAUAGAUGACCCUAUCUCUGCAGCUUCCCAACACCCACAAAUCAUUUUUGCACAAAGCAUGUCGUUCUUCACACCCAGUGUGUCCCAGUGGGUUGGUGCUGAGGAGGCCGACAAUGUUCUCUUGGUUUGCUUCCAAGACUCAAUAAACCUCAGCAAAUAGUUUUGGCAUCUGUUGACUCUUCCCCAGGGUGGGCGACCUCAGUAUGCUGAGCGCAGAAGGGUGCACAAGCCUGAGUGAGAUUAUUGGUGCAUCGGUGGGGAGAUACACUGUAUGUGUUCUGGGCCACACCUGGGGGGUGUUCAGGGCUUACUCCUGGCUCUGUGCUCAGGAAUUACUCCUGCGAUGCUUGGGAGACCUUAUGGGACAUCGGAGAUUGAACCUGGGUCUGCUGCAUGCAAGGCAAGCACCUUCCCCUCUGUCCUAUUAUGCCAGCCCUAGAAGUAAAGCACAAUUAUUUUAUGUGGGUCUCCCUGAACAAGCCCCCAGAGCCAAACACUUCACACUUUCCAACCUCAGAAGCCAAGGUGCAGAUUUCCUUCUUGGAGCAUUUCUACCUGCUCUCAGCCAUCAGAGGAGUGAAGGUAUAGCCUGUCCUCUGGGGAAGCUGCUUGGCAGAUUCCAAGGAUCUCGGUAGUAAGAAUGGGCCCUGGGCAGCAACCGCCA